UGCUAUGACAUCAAGACACGGAAAUAUUUCCCAAUGUGGUACAGUGCGUCAGGAGAUCUUCAAUCAACACCGAGUGAUCCUCUCUCCUUGGCCUGAAGGGAACUCCUGAAGUGCUCAUCCAGAGAUGCACGCAAACCUCCUGUUUCCUCUUCCCCGUCGCGUCGGCUCGGUCAUGACACUUUGUACAGGUCAUUUAUAAAAUAACCGCCCCUCCUCGCACUGGCCGCACCCCUGGGGAGUUUAGCCGUAGAGUUUAUAACCUCUCCACUUGGCACUCGGGUCCAAAUUACUGAACGCUGCUCCGAAACUACUCAGUGUGAAGACUUCAACAUGGCAGGUGUCCGGAUGCUGGUGCUUUUGAAUAGUUUCUUCAUGUUUGGUCUUUCUAUGGAUCUCCAACUUAUUAAAGUGAACCCUAAACAAGCCAUCAUGGGUGUAUUUGAAGUUACCCUGGGAAAUAAAUAUGCCUUAAAUGUAUCGGCUGCCCGUCUUGUUUGUGACCAUCUGGGUGUGACUAUCGCAAGCAAAGCACAGGUAACGGAGGCCCAGAAACAUGGUCUGGAAACAUGCAGGUUUGGGUGGGUAGAUGAGCAAAUUGCUGUUAUUCCAAGAGUUCAUGUUAGCACAAUCUGUGGCAAUGGUAAAGACGGAGUUGUCGUGUGGCGAGCAGAACUCAAUAAACCAUUUGAUGUCUUUUGCUUCAAUUUAACAGAUUUUGAGAUCCAGGCUGCCAUGGCCGCAGACCGAAAGAGCACAGAGAUGCCAAAAACAAGCACUGAAUCUUCAGCAUCAUCUCCACCCGGUUUCUUCUCUACUGCACACAAUCUCUCAUUUAAUAACAUGGAGGAGAAACAUUUGCUUAUACAUUCAGUCGGUGCUGUCCCAGUGGCUCUGCUGAUCACGGUCGCCUCUGUUGUUCUCCUGGCUGUCAUUUUUGCACUUUACUAUUUUAAAAUGAACAAAACCUGCCCGACAUUCUGGGAUGUUGAGCAGCGACAGGAUAACAUUGAGACGGAGGUUUUGGAGCACUACAGUAAGAAAGACCUGCAGAAACCACAGGAGGAGAUAGAGGAGAAAGAAAACAACAACAAUAACAGCAAGACUGACCAAGACUGAAACUGAUGAUUUAAUUUAACAAAACAUUAUGGGAUGCCUGAGAGUCGAGUGUUGUCUGUGUGUGCCACAAUGCUGAAGUUAUGUAACGAAAUGCAAAAGUGUGUAUUUAUAUGUGAACUGUGACUAAUUAUUUUAUAACAUCAAAAUUUUAAUUUCUAAUCUAAUUUUUUUUAGCUAUUUAAUUAAAAUUCAUUUUUCUAUGUAAUAAGAAAUGUUUUUUUUCAUGUUGUGAGGAAAGUUGUUGUUUAUUCUCUAAAAUAAAUGUUAUUUUUAUAUCCAU